UAAAAGGGAAAUCAGUUACAUUUUGGAAGUCACAGCGAAAAGAUGCUUUUCCUACCACUGUUGUGUUUUGCUUUCUUACAAGUGCAGAAUGCCACUGCAUUAUUUGAUUUUCUCUUGGGAAGACAGAAAAUCUGCGUCUGUCGCUGUGGCAUACAAAGACCAGUUACUCAGAGCUGGCUGAGUCGCGACUCGGUGUCUCCGAACCAGUACCCUUGGUUAGCGGCGGUGGAGGUUGGCUCAAGAUACAUUAGCGGGGUCUUAUUGUCUGACUCACAUAUCGUGACCGCUGCGUCUCCUUUGUAUGGAGUAUCAAGCAGUGAGGUGACCGUGACUCUCGGCAGUCGCGAUCGCUGUGGCUACGGCGAUGACACCAGCAGCCACGGUGCCGACUCAAUCCUCAUCCACCCCAGCUACUCAACGACCACCAGCGACAACGACAUAGCGCUGAUCAAGCUGAGGAACAAGGUCUCCUUCACUAACCUCAUCUCUCCUGUUUGUUUGCCUAUUAUUGGAUCAGACAGAUCAGGAAAAGUGGCUUCAGUUGCCUCAUGGGGCAACUAUUCGAGUGGCUCCAGCUGCUUGCCGAAGGUGGCGUCUUUGCCGUUAUUGUCGUCAGAUACCUGCCUCACCAGCUCCAUCAAUGUCUCCAUGGUGACGUCAGACAAAGGCUGUUUGGGACCCGCUGGCACUACAAGUGUUAUAUGCAGCGAUGACGUCGGCGCUCCAGUGAUGACGCAAUUGCUGAAGAAUGGAGCAUUUCGUCUGGUUGGGAUCAUAUCUUCUGCGUCCUGUGAGCAGGAGACCACUCCUCUGUAUACCAGCAUAAGUUCCCAUGCCGCCUGGAUCCGCCAGCAGAUUCGUUCGGAUUGCCAGUGUUUCUAAUUUUGAAAAUUAUUUUGAAAAUUAAAAGUCAAAAACGGAGCAUCUGAUUGUUGUACUAAAUAGUUUUUCAUUCAAAUAUAAUUUAUUUGUUUCUAUCAUGAUAUUAAAAGGCACAAUGACAGACGAUUUUC